AUGGUUACUUUUAAUUGCGAAGUUUGUAAUGCUACUGUACCAAAAAAGGGCACUGAAAAGCACUACAAUCGUUGUCGAGAAGCCUACUACACAUGUAUCGAUUGUAAUACCACAUUUGAGGACGGAGUUGGCUAUAAGAUGCAUACACAAUGUAUAACAGAGGAUGAAAAGUAUCAAAAGGGAUUAUAUAAGGGCAAGGGCAAGGGCAAGAAGGCAGGUAAACAGAAGCCAGUCGAAGUGAGCGAUGUCGUUAAACACAAACCGGUGGAGGUAAAGGUAAAAGAAAAGAAGACCAAAAUCUCUGCUGGUAGCAAGUUCGAAUUAACACCAGGACAAUCUUUGUACAAGAUUAUGAAGACAUUGAAAAACAAGGAUGACAAAAAGGAACUAUUAAAAAAACUUGAAGUGACCAAAGAUGGCCAUAUUGUAUUGAAAAAUUAA